AUGUUCGUGGAGAAGUUCCGCGUGGAGAGCCCGGGCGUGCGGUACGGCGCCGGCGAGAUCGAGUCGGAGUACCGCUACGACACCACCGAGGUUGUCCCGCCGGGUGAUGGCGGCGCGGGCUGGGUGGUGCGGCCCAAGUCCGUGACCUACCACUUCAAGACCAGCACCAGCGUCCCAAAGCUCGGGUGCUGCAGGGUGAUGCUCGUUGGAUGGGGCGGCAACAACGGCACGACGCUCACGGCCGGAGUCAUCGCCAACAGGGAGGGAAUUUCGUGGGAGACGAAAGAGAAGGUUCACAAGGCUAACUACUUCGGCUCCCUGACGCAGGCUUCCACCAUCAGGGUCGGCAGCCACAAGGGGGAGGAGGUCUACGCGCCUUUCAAGAGUCUCGUGCCCAUGGUCGACCCCAACGCUAUCGUGCUCGGUGGUUGGGACAUCAGCAACUUGAGCAUGGCCGACGCCAUGGCCAGGGCCAAGGUGCUGGACAUCAACCUUCAAAAGCAGCUCAGGUCCUACAUGCAGUCCAUGGUGCCCCUCCCUGGCAUCUUCAAUCCGGACUUUGUCGCCGCAAACCAAGGCGCUCGCGCUAACAAUCUCAUCCAGGGAACAAAGAAAGAGCAGGUGGAGCAGAUCAAGAAGGACAUCAGGGAGUUCAAGGAAAAGAACAAGGUCGACAAGGUUGUCGUGUUAUGGACAGCAAACACCGAGAGGUAUAGCAACGUAGUCGCAGGGCUUAAUGACACCAUGGAAAACCUCAUGGCUUCAUUGGAAAAGAAUGAGGCAGAGAUCUCGCCGUCCACCCUAUAUGCAAUAGCCUGCGUCUCUGAGGGUGUACCCUUCGUCAAUGGAAGCCCUCAGAAUACCUUCGUGCCUGGGAUGAUUGAGUUUGCCAUCAAGAAGAACUCUGUAAUCGGUGGUGACGACUUCAAGAGCGGGCAGACCAAGAUGAAGUCUGUAUUGGUCGAUUUCCUCGUCGGCGCUGGGAUUAAGCCCACCUCAAUUGCUAGCUACAACCACCUAGGAAACAAUGAUGGCAUGAACCUCUCUGCACCACAAGUCUUCCGGUCCAAGGAGAUCUCCAAGAGCAGCGUGGUGGACGACAUGGUCGCCAGCAAUCCCAUCCUCUACAGUCCCGGAGAACACCCGGAUCACGUCAUCGUGAUCAAGUACAUCCCUUAUGUGGGAGACAGCAAAAGAGCCAUGGACGAAUACACCUCUGAGAUCUUCAUGGGCGGCAAGAACACCAUCGUGCUGCACAACACUUGUGAGGAUUCACUCCUCGCCGCGCCCAUCAUCCUUGACCUGGUGCUCCUGGCUGAGCUCAGCACUCGGAUUCAGCUCAAAGCCGAAGGGCAGGACAAGUUCCAUUCCUUCCAUCCUGUGGCUACCAUUUUGAGCUAUCUCAGCAAGGCUCCGCUUGUACCGGCAGGCACACCAGUGGUGAAUGCAUUAGCCAAACAGAGGGCCAUGCUGGAGAAUAUUUUGCGGGCCUGUGUAGGCCUUGCCCCUGAGAACAACAUGAUGCUUGAGCACAAAUGAAGGUGGAUAUAUUCACAGAUGUAACCAAGGGAUGGAAGGAAGGCAUGGAACAAGCGAAGGUGUGGGAAUAAGACGCCUCCUCUGAACCUGACAAAGAAAUAACGGGAGGCCAUAUGAAGGAGAAGGGUCAUGGAGAUUGGAGGGAGAUCAAACAUGGAUGAU